CACAUUGCUUCUGCGCGGUGUCCAUGCGGUUCCGGGUCUACGUUUUGAUUCUCCUUUCCCAGAGAAACUGAGACUCGGAGCCGAGACGACCGCCCGAAACGCACAGGACACCUGGCCUCGGGUCAUUGGUGAGGACGUUCAAACUCAGAAGACAAGUUCUCGCUGUUCUGGCUGCCUUGGAUCGCAGCUCUGAGCCGUGAGGUCUUGUGGAGCUGAAAUGACCCACUCUUUGGUUUGCGCAGACACAGUGAGCAGAGCCGGUGCUGGGUUCAGUCCCUCUCCUCCCGGUGAUUCUGGUGCCUCCAGGGUGAGUUCGGUGCUGAAUCGCAACUCGCGGCAGUUUGGAAAGAAGCACCUGUUCGACCAGAACGAGGAGACGUGCUGGAACUCGGACCAGGGCCCCUCCCAGUGGGUGAUACUAGAGUUUCCACAGCGCAUCCGUGUCUCCCAGGUGCAGAUCCAGUUCCAGGGGGGCUUUUCCAGUCGCCGGGGCUGCGUGGAAGGUUCUCUGGAGAGUGAGGCUCUCAGUAAGAUUGUGGACUUCUACCCUGAGGACAACAACUCAAUUCAGACCUUCCCUGUGCCAGCUGCUGAGGUGGACCAGCUAAAGGUAACAUUUGAGGACACCACUGACUUUUUCGGCCGUGUGGUCAUCUACCACCUGCGAGUGCUGGGGGAGAAGAUAUGAGGCCACGGGGCAGCCGC